GUAAGAUGAGAAGGGGGUAGGUGGGCCUCAUCCUGGGGGAAGGCGAGGAGGAGCUUCCUGCGCGCGCGCUCCUAGGCAUUGAGCGCUCGGGCUGGGAGGUGGGAGGUGCGUCAAGGUCAGCCUGGACCGGGGUGGCAGCCUGCCUAGGGGCGGGAGACCCUCCUGGGGAACUGGGCUGCGGCCUCCAAGCGCCUCGGCCAUAUUGAAUAGCCACGGCUGAGCCUUCUUUGUCUGCGAAGUUCUCUCCCAAGUUCCAGGCACGUCCCUGGAACAGGAAGAGCCUCCGGGCAGCCCCUGUAUCGCAGCUGCAGCCGGGACACCCGUUUGCAGCUUGCGGUGGGCUUGAAGCCUCAGGACUGACCUCAUCCCGGCUCACGUAAGCAUCCUGGAAAUUGAUCCCCACCAGUCCUUGAGGGGAGCGGGACUUGAUCAAGACCAGACUCAUUGCAGGCGGAGAAAUUGGGAGGGGAGACUCUCCCGGCGGCGCCACCGAGACCCCACCCUCACCCCCAAGACCCGGGGCUACGAGUAGUUUGGGCUCAUUGCCCCCACCCCAGAUUUCACCCUGGAGAUUUUAAAGACCCUCGAGAAAAGCCAUGUGGGGGGCUGGUUCCCCUGGGGCUUCCUCCCAUCCCCCGACUGCCUGAUCCUCUGGAGCGUCCCCGACGUCUGCAAAGAUGUGGAUUUGGACGUCCUCGUGGAAGCCUUGAAGCCUGUAGGGACCUUUAAGAAGAUCGGCAAGGUGUUUCGCCGGGAGGAGGACUCCACAGUGGGGAUGCUGCAAAUCGGGGAGGACGUGGACUAUUUGCUCAUCCCCCGCGAAGUCAGGCUGGCGGGAGGCGUCUGGAGGGUCAUCUCCAAGCCCGCCACCAAGGAGGCGGAAUUUCGGGAGCGGCUGAUCCAGUUUCUGGAGGAAGAAGGCCGCACCCUGGAGGAUGUGGCCCGCAUCAUAGAGAAGAGCACUCCGCAUCCACCCCAACCCCCCAAAAAACCCAAGGGGCCCCGGAUGAGGAGAGUCCAGCAGAUGGUGACCCCACCUCCCCGGCUGGUCGUGGGCACUUAUGACAGCAGCAACGCCAGUGACAGCGAGUUCAGCGACUUCGAGACCUCCAGAGACAAGGGUGACAAGGGCCACAGAGGCACGGGGCGUGGCAGGAAGGUGCGCAAAAUGCCUGUCAGUUACCUGGGCAGCAAAUUCCUUGGGAGCGACCUGGAGAGCGAGGAUGAUGAGGAACUGGUGGAGGCCUUCCUCCGGCGAGGGGAGAAGAAGCCCAGCGCGCUGCCAGCCCGGCGCCGGGUGAACCUGCCAGUGCCCAUGUUUGAGGACAACCCGGUGCCCCAGCUGUCCAAGGCGGACAGGUGGCGGGAGUACGUCACCCAGGUGUCCUGGGGGAAGCUGAAGCGGAGGGUGAAGGGCUGGGCACCGAGGUCCAGCCCAGGGGUGGGCGAAGCCUGGCAGGCCUCUACCAGGUUGGAGAGGGAUGGCGUAUCAGUGCCACGCAGCGCCAGCCUGGGGGAUAAUGUGGGAAAUGCAGGAGAUGGGCAGGUGCCUGAGAGCCCCCCAAGACGGUGGAGGCCUAAGAUCAACUGGGCCUCAUUCUGGCGUCGCAGGAGAGAGGAGGCAGCAGCCAGGGCUCAGGGGGCAGAGGCUGUAGAUGAGCAGAGAGUGGAGGCCGUAGAUAAUCAGAGGGUGGAGGCCGUAGGUGAUCAAAGAGCAGGGGCCGUGGCUGUCCAGGGGGCAGAGGCCGUGGCUGUCCAGGGGGCAGAGGCUGUGGGUAAUCAGAGGGCAGAAGAUGCAGAUAAUCAGAGGGCAGAAGCCCCAGCUGUCCAGAGGGUAGAAGAUGCAGAUAAUCAGAGGGCAGAGGCACCAGAUGUCCAGGGAGCAGAGGCUGUAUCUGAGGAGGCAGAGGCCAUAUCUGACCAGAGGGCAGAGACCCCAGCUGUCCAGGGAGUUGAAUCCUUAGCUGCUGGGAGGGCCCUAGGGGUCAGCCCAGGAUCUAGGACCCGGAAACAGGUCAAGACAGUGAGGUUCCAGACCCCUGGACGCUUUUCAUGGUUCCGAAAGCGCCGGAGAGCCUUCUGGUACGCUCCCCGGUUGCCCACCCUGCCCAAGAGAGUCCCCAGGGCAGGCGGGGCUAGGAGCCUCAGGGUCUUGAGGGCUGAGGCCAGAGCAGAGGCAGAGCACGGGGAGCAGGAAAACCAGCUGUGAGGAGAGGGCAGGGGGGCCACGGAGGACCUCGCCACCUGCCACAGUAUGGGCCGCUCAGGGUGUGUCCCUAACUCCGACCCUUGGACAGAGGUGCUAUCUCCGUACUUGAAAAUGGAGGUACAGCAAGGGCUUGGCAGUGCCCCGCGCAUCUCCAUCUAACACCCCUCUUUGUUUUCUUGUUAAAAUUGUGUCUCUCAUGCAUUGAUUUAAUUUUCUUUUCUCGUGGCUUGUGGGAUCUUAAUUCCUGGA